AUUAUAAACCCCUGGUUAGGGUUUAAGCUCAUUCCGGCAAAAAAUGGCAACAAGGUACAUGACUCUGAGAACCUCCGCCAAAACCCUUUUCCAUCAUCUUCAACCCCCCGUUCAAGAUUCUCGCUGCGCAUUUCAUUUGAUCAGAACCCUCCAUUCCUUCGUUGCCCGAGACUCAGACCCUCGCAAAUUUCGUAACUCUUUUUUUUCUGGAACCUUCCGAGGCAUGGUCUCUGCCCCAAACCCCAAUUUCGACGAAGCUGCUUCGCUCGCCCUCGAUAAUCGCGUUCCUGCCACCGUCAUAACGGGUUUUCUUGGCUCUGGAAAGACUACUCUCCUUAAUCAUAUUCUCACAUCUCAGCAUGGAAAGCGGAUAGCGGUCAUUGAAAAUGAGUUUGGUGAGGUUGAUAUUGAUGGCUCAUUGGUUGCUAGUCAUUCUUCUGCGAGUGAAGAGAUUAUCAUGGUUAACAAUGGCUGCCUCUGCUGCACUGUACGAGGAGAUCUAGUUAAAAUGCUGUUGGAGCUGGUUAGGAAAAAGCGAGACAAGUUUGAUCAUAUUGUUAUUGAAACCACAGGUCUUGCAAAGCCAGCUCCUGUUAUUGAAACAUUUUGCAGUGAUGAGCUGGUCUCUCAGCAUGUAAAACUGGAUGGAGUUGUAACUUUGGUUGAUUGCAAGCAUGCCAUGAAACAUUUAAAUGAAGUGAAACCAAGAUUUGUGGUUAAUGAGGCAGUAGAACAAGUUGCAUAUGCUGAUCGUAUUAUUUUGAACAAGAUUGAUUUGGUUACUGAAUCUGAGUUAAAUAUAUUGACUAAGAAAAUUAAGCACAUCAAUGGAAUGGCACAAAUUAAGCAAGCUAAAUUUGGAUCUGUUGACAUGGACUUUGUUCUGGGUGUGGGAGGAUAUGAUCUUGAGAGAAUUGAAUCUGAGGUACCUGGAGAAUGUCCCUCUUCUUCCAGCCAUCAGGAUGAUUCUGGACAUGAACACAAAGGGCAUCAUCAUCAUCAUCAUGACCAUGUGCAUGAUUCAGCUGUCUCCAGUGUCAGUAUAGUAGCAGAGGGAACUCUUGAUCUUGAUGAGGUUGACGAUUGGCUUGAGAGAGUGAUUGAAGAAAAAGGAGAUGACCUAUACAGAAUGAAGGGUGUCCUGUCAGUGGAUAGUUCUGAUCAGAGAUAUGUGUUUCAGGGGGUGCAUUCCAUGUUGGACGGCUGUCCAGGAAAAACAUGGGAACCUAACGAGAAGAGGAUAAACAAGCUUGUCUUCAUUGGAAGGAAUUUGGAUGAAACUGCCCUUAAAAAAGGCUUCAAAGGUUGUUUAGUAUAGCUUUAAAGAUCUGUUACCAGUCAAGUUCCCAAGCAGCAGCCCUUGUGUGUCUUAUUUUAGAAAUUCCAGCAAGCAAGUAUAUGUACAUGGUAGCACCAAUCGAAAAAACGUGGUUUGUUCGUGCUAUAUACUGAAUAGACAGACUCACUUGUUAUGUAGUAUGAACAUUAUCAUAUGGAUUGGUCGUGCGGAUCAAAUUAGACCGAAUAUAUAAGUGAUCUGAAGCAAGUUCACUUUCUCUUUCCCUACUAAAGUUCAUAACGUGACAAAGCUAGACUCGCCUCUUAAUUUUUGUGCCCUAUUCCCUCCAUGUUUCAGAUCGAGGAUUAAACUUAUGACUGGUUCGGAGAACUGAAAUUUAUGAAAAUACUUGUGUUUCAUUGAGGAACCAAA